AUAGAAGUGCCGCGCAAAGUGACGUUUAAGCUCAGUGAGUUCGAGCGCGCUGUUCGCGACUCUUUCUCUUAUUCAGCUGAUCCGAGUGGAUACGCGCAUCGUUGUUGGAAACAGAAACGACGACUCAGAGGAUUUUAAUUUUUCUUUAACUCGUUCGAGUCAGACCGUCAAACAUGAGCGAGUUGACUGAGAUACAAUCGUUUUACAAGGGGAAGACCAUUUUUAUAACCGGGGGAACCGGUUUGAUGGGAAAAGUCCUCAUCGAGAAGUUACUCUACAGUUGCAGCGAGUUGAAUAAAAUUUAUGUCCUGAUAAGAUCGAAAAGAGGCCGAACGCCCGACAUACGGGUCGACGAUAUGUUUAAAUUACCGAUGUUCGAGAGAGUGAGGAAAACGAAGCCGUACAUUCUGAAGAAGGUGGUGCCGUUGGCUGGGGACGUGAACACGGAAAACUUGGGAUUAUCUAACGAGCAACUGCAAACGUUGAUAGAGGAGACCGACAUACUGUUCCACUGUGCGGCGACGCUUCGGUUGGAAGCGAAGUUGAAGGAUGCCAUCGAAAUGAACACGAUCGGAACGAAAAGAAUGUUAGAGCUAGCGAAAAAGAUGAAGCAUCUCAAGGCGUUCGUGCAUCUGAGCACUGCAUUUUGUUAUCCCGAUUUAGAGGAGCUCGGCGAAAGGGUGUACGACGCGCCGGACGAUCCUCACGAUAUCAUGCGAUUAAUGCAGUGGCUGGACGAAGCUGCCAUCGACCUCAUCACACCCAAAUUGUUGGAUCUUCAUCCGAAUACUUACACAUAUUCGAAGCGGUUGGCCGAGAAACUGGUAGCCGACGAGUACUCUAAUUUAGCCUGCUGCAUCGCCAGGCCGUCGAUCGUAACUCCAGCCUGGGCUGAACCGCUGCCAGGAUGGGUAGAUAACCUGAACGGACCGGUCGGACUCAUGGUCGGCGCAGGGAAAGGUGUUAUAAGGUCGAUGCACUGCAAGGCGAACUAUCACGCAGAAGUGAUACCAGUCGAUCUGGCUAUCAACGCGUUGAUCUCGAUUUCCUACAGGAUAGCCACCGCCUCGGAAAAGUCGAAGAAUAUACCGGUGUUCAACAUUACGCAAAGCGGCGUGAUGCCGAUCACUUGGGGAGAGGUACUGGAGAAGGGAAAGAAGAUUGCUUACGAAAAUCCGUUCGAGGGGCAGAUAUGGUACCCGGACGGCGACAUUCGCAGCAGCAAGUUCGUGCACAACCUCUUCGUCUUCUUCUUCCAUAUAAUUCCAGCUUACUUCAUCGAUUUCCUCCUGUUGAUAUUCCAGCAGAAACGAUUCAUGGUCCGCCUUCAGAAACGAAUCUCGGUGGGGCUCGAGGUGUUGCAGUACUUCACCACGCGAGAGUGGGUCUUUCACAACACGAAUUUGCUGAUCAUGUGGGGCGAAAUGAGUAAGGGGGACAAAGAGAUUUUCCCGAUAGACCUUCAGGCGAUCGACGAUAUGGCGUACAUCAAAAUUUGCAUCUUAGGCGCGCGACAGUUCUGCAUGAAGGAGAAUUUAUCUAGUUUACCUAAAGCCCGAAGGCAUCAGACUAUAAUGUACAUUGUGCAUAUAAUCGCCGUGUAUUUGUUCUACUUCGGGGUGCUCUAUUUGAUUUACAAGAACUUCGAGAUCGCCAGGUUCUGCGUGCAUUCCGUCGCGGAUUCUGUCGCGGCUCUGCCGAUUCUGAACGGAGGAGUUCGGAAGAUCCAGCAGUGAGAGUUCCGCGUUGAUCGCUCGGUGGUCCACGGUUUCGCCGUGUUUCUUGCGAGAGAGGCAGUUGUUUUGGGAGAUGGUAUUGAGUGUUUCAUAAGUAAGUAGGCCAAGGCGCGUUGGACCAAGUCGAGGCAAUUCUGGCAACAUUUUCAAGGACACUCUUCUCGCGGCUACACUUUUCUACAAUAGAAUUUCAGCGGAAUUUCUCAUUCUCGAUUAACGGUUCCGACCGCUCCAUUCAGGAAGAUUCACUUUCAUUGGGAGAACGUUCUUCAGGUGAUGUCACGACCUUCUAUGCGUGUGUCCGUAUCAUUCUGUUGUUUAUAGUCCAAAUUGAUGCGAGCUGUGAACGUUUGUCCGAUAUUAAUUGAUCGUGAUACGCGUGAAGAUUCAUUUACGUAAACACACGUUAUCUUUUGAUUUCAAAGUCACGGUUACCACACGCCCUUCUCUGUACACAGAAACUGUUAUUAUUACUAUAAUUUUAUACAAUAAACUGAGCAGGUUUUCUAGCCUACGAAAAGAC